UUUCGGCGGCCCUCAAGAUGGCGUCGCUGCCCAUUGAGAGGAGUUGCGGGAGAACGGCGGGAGGGCGGCGACGGCGGGCGCAGCUGAAAUGAAAGGCAGAAGCCGGCAGGCCACGCUCUUCCAAGCAUGGGGAGCGCAGCCGACUCCCGCGCCGGCGGUGAAAGAGGAGGAGGAGGAAGAAGAAGAAGAGGCGGCGCUGUUGGCUGCAGCCAUAGAAGCCGAGGCAACGGAUUCGCCCUCCUGGUCCUCUCCGUCAGGCUCUUCUGCUGCCCGGGGAUUCAUCGGCGGCGCUCCGGGCGCUCUGUGGAUGUUCCCGUCCGGCGGCUGCGUGGAGGAGCGCGCCUACCAGGUCCGAGCGUCGUGGGAAGCGCUCCUGGCCAACACGCUGCUCUGCCUGCCGACAGGACUGGGCAAAACGCUGGUAGCCGCCGUGGUCAUGUACAAUUUCUACCGGUGGUUCCCAGGCGGCAAGAUCCUCUUCCUGGCCCCGACCAAGCCUUUGGUGGCUCAGCAACGGGAAGCGUGCGCCCGCCUCCUGGGCAUCCCAGCUUCGCAUAUGGCCGAGAUGACGGGAGGUACCCAAAUUGUUGAUCGGAAAGAAAUCUGGCGCACCAGAAGAGUCUUCUUUCUCACUCCUCAAAUAAUGGCAAAUGAUCUUUCUCGUGGCACAUGUCCAGCAGCAGAAAUUAAAUGCCUGGUUAUUGAUGAAGCCCAUAAAGCUCUUGGAAAUCAUGCGUAUUGUCAGGUGGUGAAAGAAUUAUGCAAAUAUACCAAAGAGUUUAGAAUCUUGGCUCUAAGUGCAACUCCUGGCAGUGAUGCGAAGGCUGUUCAGCAAGUUAUUACCAACCUGUUAAUUUCCCACAUAGAACUUUGCUCUGAAGAUUCUCCUGAUAUUCAGCCUUAUUCUCAUGAGCGACGAAUUGAAAAAUGUGUGGUUCCACUUGGGAAAGAAUUGAGUGAAAUUCAGACUGCUUACAUACGGGUCUUGGAAAUUUUUACUAGUCGGCUAACUAGACUCCAGGUGUUACCACGACAUGAAAUAUCUGCUCUUACAAAAUAUCAGAUAAUUCUAGCACGAGAUCAAUUUAGGAAAAACCCUGCUUCACGUUUUGAGCGAAUGCAGCAAGGUGCAAUAGAGGGAGAUUUUGCUCUUUGUAUUAGUUUAUAUCAUGGUUACGAACUGUUACUGCAAAUGGGUAUGAGAUCAUUGCAUACCUUCUUACGUGGAAUUAUGGAUGGAUCAAAAGGAAUGACUCGAGCCAAAAAUGAACUUGGGCGUAAUGAGGAAUUCAUGAUGCUAUACAGCCAGCUUGAAGACAUGUUUUUGGAUUCAACUUCAUCAAAUGGAAACAUCAAUGAACUAGGAACCGAAAACAUGAAGACUUUCAUUUAUAGCCAUCCCAAAUUAAAGAAAUUAGAAGAUGUUGUUCUACAGCAUUUCAGAUCCUGGAAAAAACGUCAAGAUCAGACUACAUCUGAAGCCACACCUACAGAUACCAGAGUGAUGAUCUUCUCUUCCUUCCGUGACAGUGUUCAGGAAAUUGCAGAGAUGCUUAACUAUCACUACCCACUUGUGAGAGUCAUGACUUUUGUAGGCCAUUCUACAGGCAAAAACACGAAGGGUUUUACACAGAAGGAACAGCUUGAGGUAGUGAAGCAUUUCCGGGAUGGCGGCUACAACACAUUGGUCUCCACAUGUGUAGGAGAAGAAGGCUUGGAUAUUGGCGAAGUAGACCUCAUCAUUUGUUUUGAUGCUCAAAAAAGUCCGAUUCGUCUUGUACAGCGAAUGGGCCGAACUGGACGCAAACGGCAAGGGCGCAUUGUUGUCAUUCUUUCUGAAGGAAGGGAAGAGCGAACUUACAAUCAAAGCCAAUCCAACAGAAAAAAUCUUCUGAAAACUCUUUCUAAAAAUAAAGGCCUCCAUUUGUACCAGCACAGCCCACGUAUGAUUCCAGACGGUCUGAACCCCAAAAUGCACCGUAUGCUGAUUACACCUCCAGAGAAGGAGCCAGACACCUCCACAGCCUGCUCAAAGAAGAAAAGUCUCACUUUGGGGCGAAAUAAUUUUCUCAGUUUUGCCAAUGCAGGUACGAAGCAAGCCAGUCCAACUGACAGCUGGGGUCUUACAACUGAGGAAUAUGAAAAAUGGGAUAGACUAUAUAAAAUAAAAGCUGGUGAAGGAAUAAAAAAGCCAAUAAUGCCAUGCAGUCAGUUUGUAACAUUAGAAUGCAAAGAUACAAGAACAGAAUUGGAAACUAAAGAAGUUCAUGAACUGUCGCUGUCAGAAUGGACUGUCUGGCAGAACCGGCCUUUCCCUACCUAUCUAGUGGAUCACUCUGAUCGUUGCUUCCACUUCAUUAGUAUCAUGGACAUGAUAGAGCAAAUGAGACAUGAAGAAUGUUACCAAAACUGCAAUGCAAUUAGGACUUCAAGACAAUGACGAUAAACAAAUUACCAAAAAGAAGAAGAAAAAAGAAAGAAAAAAGAAGAAAGAAGCAAUUCUUUAAAAAUGUAAAUGUCAGGGAAGCAUAUAUGUUUUCUUUAGGAUUAAAGUUUAGGAAAGUA